CCAGGACCGCUGCGCGUGCGCUCAGCUGCCUGGGCGGGCUGAGGCGCGGGUUGAAAAGUCUCGUUCCAAGUUUGGAGAGAGAGGGAGAGAGAGAAGAGCGCCUUAGCCCUCGGUACUCGCUAGCGGGGAGGAGGCAGCAGAAAAGGACGCAGCGUCUGGGAGCCCCCAGACUGGACGGAGCUCCAGCUUCCACAGCUAGGAGUGUGUGACGCUCCUCGGAAAAGCAAGAGCGCCAGUAAUCGGGCUGCUCUUGGCUAGCGAAAAGAGUCCGAGGCGGCGACGAGGGGCGAACAACACGACGCAAGAUGGCGAGUAAAGAGAUGUUUGAAGAUACUGUGGAGGAGCGUGUCAUCAAUGAAGAAUAUAAAAUCUGGAAGAAGAAUACACCGUUUCUCUAUGACCUGGUUAUGACCCAUGCUCUUCAGUGGCCCAGUCUUACUGUUCAGUGGCUUCCUGAAGUGACUAAGCCGGAAGGAAAGGAUUAUGCUCUUCACUGGCUGGUGCUGGGAACUCAUACAUCUGAUGAGCAGAAUCAUUUGGUGGUUGCUCGAGUUCAUAUUCCCAAUGACGAUGCACAGUUUGAUGCUUCCCAUUGUGACAGUGACAAGGGUGAAUUUGGCGGCUUUGGUUCUGUGACAGGAAAAAUUGAAUGUGAGAUUAAGAUUAACCAUGAAGGAGAGGUGAACCGUGCUCGUUACAUGCCGCAGAAUCCUCACAUCAUUGCUACAAAAACACCAUCUUCUGAUGUGUUGGUUUUUGACUAUACAAAGCAUCCUGCUAAGCCAGACCCAAGUGGAGAGUGUAAUCCUGAUCUUAGGCUAAGAGGUCACCAAAAGGAAGGUUAUGGUCUUUCCUGGAACUCUAAUCUGAGUGGACAUCUCCUAAGUGCAUCCGAUGACCAUACUGUCUGCCUGUGGGAUAUUAAUGCAGGACCAAAGGAAGGCAAAAUUGUGGAUGCCAAAGCAAUCUUUACCGGCCACUCUGCUGUUGUCGAAGACGUGGCCUGGCAUCUGCUGCAUGAGUCACUGUUUGGAUCUGUUGCUGAUGAUCAGAAACUUAUGAUAUGGGACACCAGAUCUAAUACCACCUCUAAGCCAAGCCACUUGGUGGAUGCGCACACCGCUGAGGUCAACUGCCUCUCAUUCAAUCCCUACAGUGAAUUCAUUCUAGCAACUGGCUCUGCGGAUAAGACCGUAGCUUUGUGGGAUCUGCGUAACUUAAAGUUAAAACUCCAUACCUUUGAAUCGCAUAAGGAUGAAAUUUUCCAGUGGUUUAAUGUACUUUCAUAUGCAUUAAGAUACAAUAAUGAAAACAUUACAUUCUUCGUUAAUAGCAAAAUUGGAGAAGAGCAAUCUGCCGAAGAUGCAGAAGAUGGACCUCCAGAACUCCUGUUCAUUCACGGAGGGCACACUGCCAAGAUUUCCGACUUCAGCUGGAACCCCAAUGAGCCUUGGGUCAUUUGCUCAGUGUCAGAGGAUAACAUCAUGCAAAUAUGGCAGAUGGCUGAAAACAUUUACAAUGAUGAAGAGGCAGAUGUCACAACAUCGGAACUGCAGGGACAAGGAUCUUAAACCCCAAAGUAUAAGAUGUUUCUGUUGAAUGUAAUGCUUACAAGAAUGCUUGAUUUGUCAAGCGCCAAAAGGCAUUGUAUAGUAGAAAAUGUAAGUGGGAUGGCUUCUGGCGUUCUUUACCCUCUGAUUCUAGCACUUUCAAGUGAGCUGUUGCGUACUGUAUCAUAUUUGUAGCUAUUAGGGAAAAAAGGAAUGUUGCUUAAAGGAGAACAUCAUCAUCGUUUUAAAGUACGAGUUGCAGGGUACUGCCUUUUGAUUCAGAUGUUUUAAGUCCUCAUUUUCCCAAACUAAGUGCUUGCUCAAGUUCCCAAAUAUGCAAGGAUAACUUUUUUCACUUUUUCCUUCCGACACUUCUUGAUUGGCUUUGCAGAAAUAAAAGUUUUAAAAUAAA